GCGCGGGCGGCGCCGGGAGGCAGCUGACAGGCGUCUGCGCCUUCGCUUCAUGGCCGCCCUCCCGCCCCGCCUGGGCUCUGUGGGGAGUGGGGGAGCCCGCGGCGGCCGGGAGCCAGAGCUGGCGAGCCGAGCAGGGGGCUGUGCGCGGCGCCGCUGAGGCGCAGCAUGUGAAGAGGAGACGGCUUCCAGUGCGAGGCGAGCCUCUCAGCCGGCCGGGAUGGCUACGACGGCCGAGCUCUUCGAGGAGCCUUUUGUGGCAGAUGAGUAUAUUGAAAGACUUGUGUGGAGAACCCCAGGAGGAGGCUCUAGAGGGGGACCUGAAGCUUUUGAUCCCAAAAGGCUAUUAGAAGAAUUUGUAAAUCAUAUUCAAGAACUCCAGAUAAUGGAUGAAAGGAUUCAAAGGAAAGUAGAGAAACUAGAGCAACAGUGUCAGAAAGAAGCCAAGGAAUUUGCCAAGAAGGUACAAGAGCUCCAGAAAAGCAAUCAGGUUGCCUUCCAACAUUUCCAAGAACUAGAUGAGCACAUCAGCUAUGUAGCAACCAAGGUCUGUCACCUUGGAGACCAGUUGGAAGGGGUAAACACACCUAGACAACGGGCAGUGGAGGCUCAGAAAUUGAUGAAAUACUUCAAUGAGUUUCUAGAUGGAGAAUUGAAAUCUGAUGUUUUUACAAAUUCUGAAAAGAUAAAGGAGGCAGCCGACAUCAUUCAGAAGUUGCACCUAAUUGCCCAAGAGUUACCUUUUGACAGAUUUUCAGAAGUAAAAUCCAAAAUUGCGAGUAAAUACCAUGAUUUAGAAUGCCAACUGAUUCAGGAGUUUACCAGUGCUCAAAGAAGAGGUGAAAUCUCCAGAAUGCGAGAAGUAGCAGCAGUUUUGCUUCAUUUUAAGGGUUAUUCCCAUUGUGUUGAUGUUUAUAUAAAGCAGUGCCAGGAGGGUGCUUACUUGAGAAAUGAUAUAUUUGAAGAUGCAGCAAUACUCUGUCAACGGGUAAACAAACAAGUUGGAGAUAUCUUUAGUAAUCCAGAAACAGUACUGGCUAAACUUAUUCAAAAUGUAUUUGAAAUCAAACUACAGAGUUUUGUGAAAGACCAGUUAGAAGAAUGUAGGAAGUCUGAUGCAGAGCAGUAUCUCAAAAAUCUCUAUGAUUUAUAUACAAGAACCACAAAUCUUUCCAGCAAGUUGAUGGAGUUUAACUUAGGUACUGAUAAACAGACUUUCUUGUCUAAGCUUAUCAAAUCCAUUUUCAUUUCCUAUUUGGAGAACUACAUUGAGGUAGAGACUGGAUAUUUGAAAAGCAGAAGUGCUAUGAUCCUACAGCGCUAUUAUGAUUCAAAAAACCAUCAAAAGAGAUCCAUUGGCACAGGAGGUAUUCAAGAUUUGAAAGAGAGAAUUAGACAACGUACUAACUUACCACUGGGGCCAAGUAUCGAUACUCAUGGGGAAACUUUCCUAUCUCAAGAAGUGGUGGUUAAUCUUUUACAAGAAACCAAACAAGCCUUUGAAAGAUGUCAUAGGCUUUCUGAUCCUUCUGAUUUACCAAGGAAUGCCUUUAGAAUUUUUACCAUUCUUGUGGAAUUUUUAUGUAUUGAGCAUAUCGAUUAUGCUUUGGAAACAGGACUUGCUGGAAUUCCUUCUUCAGAUUCUAGGAAUGCAAAUCUCUAUUUUUUGGAUGUUGUGCAACAGGCCAAUACUAUUUUUCAUCUUUUUGACAAGCAGUUUAAUGAUCACCUUAUGCCACUAAUAAGCUCUUCUCCUAAGUUAUCUGAAUGCCUUCAGAAGAAAAAAGAAAUAAUUGAACAAAUGGAGAUGAAAUUGGAUACUGGCAUUGAUAGGACGUUAAAUUGUAUGAUUGGACAGAUGAAGCAUAUCUUGGCUGCAGAACAAAAGAAAACAGAUUUUAAGCCAGAAGAUGAAAACAAUGUUUUGAUUCAAUAUACUAAUGCCUGUGUUAAAGUCUGUGCUUACGUGAGAAAGCAAGUGGAAAAGAUUAAAAAUUCCAUGGAUGGGAAGAAUGUGGAUACAGUUUUGAUGGAACUUGGUGUACGUUUUCAUCGACUUAUUUAUGAGCAUCUUCAACAAUAUUCCUACAGUUGUAUGGGUGGCAUGUUAGCAAUUUGUGAUGUAGCUGAAUAUAGGAAGUGUGCCAAAGACUUCAAGAUCCCACUGGUAUUACAGCUUUUUGAUACUCUGCAUGCACUUUGCAAUCUUCUGGUAGUCGCCCCAGAUAAUUUAAAGCAAGUCUGCUCAGGAGAACAACUUGCUAAUCUGGACAAAAACAUUCUUCACUCCUUCGUACAACUUCGUGCUGACUAUAGAUCUGCCCGCCUUGCUCGACAUUUCAGCUGAGGUUGAAUUUACAAGGGAAACAUGUUGUACUUCAGCAGGUCUUGGUUGACAGAAAGCACAGGAGAUUUCUUAUGACACAGCCAACAUUUUAUGGAAAAAUGACUGUUUGGAAAAACAGCAGCCAUACUUACACUUGAGAUUUUAUUUGAAAUUUGGACACUACCCAGCCAUAUUUUGCUUUUUUCCCCUUAAGUUAAAUUUUAAUUCCAUUCUUGAACUUAACAAAUUUCAAAUUCUAAAUUUCAAAUUAUGUGAAACUACGUGUCACUCUUUUCAUCCUGGAAAAUGCUGGUGUCAGAAGACAAAUGAGAUGUUAUCACUGUUCCAGUUCAUGUUCUUUGACAUAUUCCAUUGGGAAGUUUCACCAUCCUAUUUUGCAUUGAUGGUAAAAUACAGCAAAACUGCAUUUAUUAUUUACCAAUUUUUAAUGACCUUUUCAGCACUUGGUAAUUGUUAACCAAUUGUUAUUUUAGGUUUUCUUAGAGAACUUUUGUCUCUUUCAAAAGGUUAACAACUGAGCAUAAUUUGUGUAGUUGGUUAAUUGGAUUUUUCCCUGAGGUACAACAAUAGUAUUCCAAGAAAAAUGUUAUAAACUGAACUAAUAUGAUGAAAUGUUUUAUGUAGAUAUUAGGAGUGGAUCAGAAUACAUCUGCUUUCUGGGUAAAAAAACUUAAAGUUUACUAUUUCUUAUUUCAUAAACAGAUUUUAAGCCAAUGCUAGCAAGAAAUUAAUAAGUCUACCUUAUUUUAUAUUUCACUUAAGGUAAGGUGGAAGACCUUAACUGAAGGACCAUAUUUAUUCAUUAUUUUAAUAUUAUAAGGGAAGUAAAGUUGAGGUAUAGUCUAAAUGGUGAAUAUGAGAAAUAUUGACAGUGUUUAGCAACAAUGCAGCCCUUUAAGAUUACUUUCUUAAUACUAAACUGGAAUAAGAUGGGAUGGCUGAACAUUGAUAAUCUAUUUUAAGGGGAAUCAGUAAUUGAUAGAUAGCAUUAUAUAUUCUAAGUCUGGAGACAAGCUUUGUGAAGACUGAUUGCUUUUCAGAUCUAUAGUUUCUGUCAUUAUCUUUUUCAAGGCAUUUCUGAAGCAAUUCUUGAAUGGAGUUAACUGAAUUGGCUUAAUAUGGUGACAUAAUAAAUCACUUAUAAAAUUUUAAACGUCAAGUGGAAAUUUAGCAAGGCUAUUUACUCUACAAUCUCUCUAAACUUGCUCUGCAAGAAUUCAUUCUUAUCUGUGUGUAGUAUUUCAGUUCCCUUUGUGUUGUUCGCAAUCUUCUAAGAACAGAUAAACUUUAAUGUUCAGCUCAUUCUUGGCAUUUUUUUCCUUUAAUGUAGGCUUUUUGGCCUAAUUUUGGCAAACUACUUUUCUUUUAAGACUAUGUUUCUGAAUAGUCAUCAAUCUUACCAAAACUUCCAGAUCCAGCACUACCUACUGUUUAAGUUACUAUUGACUGAAUUCUCUUAAUUUUCUGUUUAGCCCAGUGUUAUCAAGGUAAGCAAAAGAAACAAAGUAUGCCAACUUUUAUCAAAGCAUUUUAGAAAAUUGUGGCAGCUUUAGAAAGCUGUCUAGUUUUCUAUUCCCUAGCCAAGGGGAGAGCCAGAACAGAUUUUGGAUACUAGAGAAAGUCAUAUGCUUGUACUAUUGCCAUUUUAGAAAGCUCUGAUGUGAAUUCAAAUUAUACCUCUGUUACUUAAAGCCAACAAUUUUAAAGCAGUAGUUUUACUGGCCAUUUGAGCUCUUUGUACAGUGUCAAUUUGUAAAAAAAAAAAAAAAAAAAAAAAAGAGAGAGAGAGAGAAAGAGAAAACAAAAUCUUAAAUAAAACACGAGAGAACAUUUUAAGACUUCCAAAUCAGAGAAGUGCUUCAAAUUAUUUUGUUUGGAUUAAUUUUUUUAAAUGUAAAACAUAAACAUGUUGCUUAAAUAUUUUGUUAAUUAUUAUUUCCAUGCUUGAAUUUUGUGCAAUAUUUUCCAUUAUGUCCAUUGACCAAGGCAGUGACAAAGAAAACUCAUAAGUGAAUACUUAAUUUAGAAGUGUUAACAUUAAUGCUUAAUAAACAAAUUCCCUGCAA